AUGGCUUUUAUUACUCAGAAUAUGGUGGACAUGGAAAAUAUAGACGAUGCUAUCCAAAUCAUUACACAAAAAAUUUUGACAGCAGCUGAUACGGCAAUUCCAAAGUCAUCUGGGAAGAUACCAAAACUUUGGAAGCCCUGGUGGAAUGACGAUUGCAAAAUUGCUGAGAAGAAACAAGCCAAAGCCUGGAACAGGUUUCGACGUUAUCCUACUACGGACAAUUUUAUCGUUUUUAAACAAGCUAAAGCAUAUGCUAGAUUAAUCAGACGGAGAAGUCAGAGAAUUACGUGGAUGACAUUUGUUAAUUCUAUAAAGGGACGGAUUAGCUCCAAGCUAUUAUGGGACAAAGUCAGAAAGAUGUCUGGCCUUUUUAAAAAUGAAUUUCCUUUGACAUUUUUAAAUUCAAAUGGACAACUUAUUACAGACAUUAAGGCAAUAGCUAAUACAUUGGGCGUUAAGGGAUCAUUGUAUGUUGACGACUUCCAGAUACAUUGUUCAAGUGAAGACAUGGGUUUAAUUAGGGAAAAGCUACAAGAAGCGAUUAAUAACAUUUGUGAAUGGGGAAAAAUUAAUGGCUUUACUAUCUCUUCUCAAAAAUCUGCUGCAAUUCAUUUCUGCAGAAGACGAGGAUUGCACCCAGAUCCGAAACUUAAAUUGAAUAACCAACUGAUUCCCUUUGUUUCUGAAAUAAAGUUUUUAGGAAUGAUUCUGGAUUCAAAACUUACCUUUAAACCACACAUUGAUUAUCUUAAAAGGAAAGGCACGCUUUCCAUGAAUAUAAUGAAAAUACUCUCCAACUUAUGGUACGGGGCAGAAAGCGGCUGCUUACUCAAGAUCUAUAGAGCCUUAAUACGUUCAAAAAUUGAUUAUGGUAGUGCUAUUUAUGGAUCUGCCUCGAAAUCUACGUUACGACCACUCGAUACUAUACAUAAUCAGAGUCUCCGACUGUCAAUAGGUGCAUUUAGAACUUCCCCAGUUAUGAGUUUGAAUGUUGCUUGCAACGAGCCUCCUUUAAAACAUCGACGGAACAUGUUAGCACUUAAUUUGUUUUUAAGAAUAAAAAGUGACGAUUCUCAUCCAUUACAUUAUAAAGUCAUAAAUCCCAUCUAUAGUUCAUUAUUCGCAUUGAGAUCUUCAUUCAUUCCCACUUUUGGUUUCAGGAUCGGGCAAAUUUUCAGAGAUCUAGGAAUAGAAGACUUCCCAGUCCUAAAUAAAUCGGACGAAAUUCCUCCAUGGAAAAAUACAAUUAUAAAUUUUAUUGAUGCUUUUGAAAAAUGGCGUAAGCCGACAACAUUAAAUUUCAUUUAUCAGUCCAUUUUUAACGCUCACAGACAACAAUUUUCUAAUUAUGAAGCUGUUUUUACAGAUGGAUCCAAAGCUGGUAACAAUGUGGGUGCGGCUGUAAUGCUAAGGCAUGAGAUAUUCUCAGAAAAAUUGCACAGUUUUUGCUCCGUUUUCACAUCGGAAAUUUACGCUAUAUACAGGGCUCUGAUAAAAAUAGCAGAAAAGGGUUAUAAAAGAAAUAUUUUAUACACAGACUCCAAAAGUGCAAUCGAAGCUCUCAAAAAUGUUUCUCCUUCAAGUCACCCAAUAGUGGUGAAAUGUGUAGAAUAUUAUCUUUAUUUAUCAGAGAAGGGUAUACAGAUAAUAUUUUGUUGGAUUCCUGGGCACUCAGGAAUUCAGGGAAAUGAAAGAGUAGAUAAUGCUGCAAGAAGUUGUACAGCAUUAAUUGAAAAUUUUGUUCCUUUAAAUGAUGCUUUGCAAGCUAUAAAAAAUCAGCUUGCGAAAAGAUGGCAAAAUGUUUGGGACCAGCAAGAUAAAAAUAAGCUACACGAAGUUCAGCCCUUACUCCUCAACAUGCGGAGGCCUGCCAAGAUGCCUAAAAUGUGGCAAAAACCACAAAACCAGAGAAUGUACAAUAAUAAACAAGCUAGAAAAUCCCCGAUGCAUCAACUGCGGCAAAGAGGGUCACGUGGCCUCAUGGAGAGGAUGUGA